AAUAAAAUAAUAUUUUACUAUAAACAAACUUAAAAUCCAGCAAAAGGACAUCAAUUCGUUAAACUACAUGCACGUUCCAUUCCACAAUAACGUAAGAUUUAGCAUUUGAAACUAGGAAAAACUGUUGUCAAAAUAAAACGUCAACAAAUACGAAUGUCACUGAUGUCAAAUAAAUGUAUUGUGUUUUGUUAGUGUUUUGUAUCUAAAAUGUAUUGCCUAAUAUUUUAAACAAAAACUGCAUAAUAUUCCUUUUCAUAAAUUAUCAACCCAGCAGCAUAGGCAAACCCUAUCUCUGAACUAUCCCAAUACCUACUACUUUUAUGUUAAAAUGAUACGAUUAGCUUACAAAAAAAUAUUGCUUCUAAUAUCUCAAACCAUUUUAUAUAAUGGAUGAAAAUAAAAGACAAAGAGGUGUAUAUGUUACGGCAAGACAAAAGAAGAAGCUGAUAGAAUUAAUGACAAAACAUCCGGAACUAAUAUCAUGCAAAGUUACCCAGGACUUUAACUACAGGGACUCUCAACAACUAUGGCACACUAUUGCUCUUGAAUGUAACUCUAUACCCGGCGCUAGGAAAUCUUGGAGGCAGUGGAGAAAAACUUGGCAAGAUUUACGAUCCAAAACAAAGAAACGUCAGGCUGAAAUAAAUGGCGAGCUGCCAACUUCAGUAGUAAUGCUUACAGCUGCUGAACAGGAGGCCCUGGGACUUAAGAAUGUGACUUCAACCACCACAUACCAACAGAGUACAGAGUUCAUACCACUGGAAAAUAAUGACCAGGACUUUGACAACACCAUGGAAUCAAAUCCUUCAUACAGUGAAGUGGAAUCAGUUCCAGAAGAAAAAGUUUUCACCCACCCACCAGAAGAAAAGCCAGCCAAACAUAAAAACAAUUCUAAAAACUGUAAGAAUUCCAACAACUGUGUUUUCAAUUGUGAUAUGUUAGCAGUACAAGAACAACGAAAGAUACAAAUUAAGGAGGACUAUUUGAAUUUUAAAAAGGAUUAUUUAAGACAAAAACUAGUUUUGCUUAAAGAGCAGACUGAGGCUUUAAAAAGUAUUGCUAAAGAACUUUGUGCGAAGAAGUAGGGCUGUGAUUAAUUUGGCCUAGAUAGGGCUGUGCCAUAUUAUGUAAUGUGUAGUCUUUAGGGGCUGACAACCUGGUGAGGGUUGCAGGAAUCAGUUGGUGUAUGAGAAUGCAGAACAGAUCUCUAAAAUGAAUUUGGUUAAAUUUAUGCAUCUUACACCAACCUUGAAGCUAUAAAACAAGCAGGAUGUUAUUUAAUUUAAUUUAUUUAUUA